GUGGAUGCACCGGUUUGGUUGAAACAGGUCCAAUGAAGCCCAUCGUGAUCGAUGAAGAGGUCGAGAACGGCGACGUUCCUGCCGUCGAUGGAGCUGGGACUACGUCGCUGUUGCCGCACAAAGGUUCGCCGCAAAAGAAGAAAAAACCACUAGUCUAUCGAAGCCACAGCACCCACACAACGGCCAGACAAGACGCCGCCACAGUUGCCAUGCAACCUCUUCUUCAGCAUAUUCAACAACUCUCACCAAAGGGCCAACAACAUCGUUCGGCCACGAUGGCACACAUCCCCAUGAUCCAACAUCACAAGCGGCCAAGGGCCAAACCCAAAGCCAACCACCACAAACCGCACGAUGCGAACUGGGAUAUCAGUAUCUUGAACAAAAGCUGGCAAAUCUCGGACGACAUGAAGCGGUCCCUGCCAGCUCUUGUCCAGAGCAACCUUCGAGCAGCCCGGGGGAGUUCUGCCCCAACCGCAGACCAACGAUUCCUCGUCUCGACCAAGCUCGUCGUACCAACAAUGAAAGUCCCCAUGCAACCCAUGGGCGUGUCGGCAUCGGCAGAAGUUCUUCAAGCGCAACUCCUCAUGGACGAAGUGAAAGACGACGCCCUCGAGAAGCUGACCGACAUGGACCGUCGCAAGUACUUUGGCGCAUCGGGCAAGGCCGACAUGCGCCAAGUCACGAGCAAAAUGGCCUCUCAAAUGUACCUGUUCACGUCGGUCGAGGAUCUGCUCGAGACGAACCUCGAUUUUGACCAGCUCGAGCCUUCGGACGACUCGGUCGGAGUUUUCGCGGGCCCAUUGACCGCCAGACACAAAUACACCGCCAUGUGCUUGAUCGCCAAGCUGCCACCGUCCAUUCGCCUCAUGAUUCGAAACCACACGGGGCCGGAAAUCAAUGUGUCUCACAUGGCCAUGGGCGACGACAUGUGCAAGAUCUUUGCCCAGUGCUUGUCGGACCUGCCCAUGGUGACCAGCUUGAAUGUCCGCAACAACCGACUGACGGACAGCGGCAUCGGCGCCCUCGUCCACGUGUGCUUGAACAAAGACGACUUGACCAUGCUUGACCUGUCCGAGAACAAGGUGGAUGGGGACGCCGCGGCGGCACUGGCCGAGUACGUGGCUGCGCCGUCUUGCGCCCUCACGGAGCUCCGCAUGAACAUGAGCGAUGUCGACGAUGGCGAAGUCCUCGGAUUUGCACAGGCCCUGCACACCAACACAUCGUUGCGGACACUCGAGUUGUCUCGGAAUUUGAUCGGCAACGCCGAAAUGAUGAACGUGGUCAAACCAGACAUGAUCACCGGAGGUGAAGCGAUCGCAGAAAUGCUGUGCAACAACAGCUUCCUGACUAAAUUGGACCUGUCUUGGAACAUGAUUCGACUCAACAGCGCGGUGGAGCUGGGCAAAGCUCUCGCGGUCAACAACGGGCUUCGCGAACUCAAUUUGGCCUACAACGCGUUUGGAAACGACGGCACGCAAGCGAUAGGCAUGGCUCUGCACAAGAACAACUGCCUGCAAAUUCUGGACUUGAGCCACAACAAUAUUCCGUGUCAAGCCGCAUGGGUCAUUGCUCAGUCGCUGCAAGUGAACGACUCGAUCGAUACCAUUAUUUUGGACGGGAACCCGUUGGGAAAACUCGGGUGUCAAGGCCUGCUCCAUGCCGUCGCCACGUCCAGCAACCGAAGCCUGUCGAUUCCUAUGAUCGGAUGCAACUUUGACCUCUUCGACCCCAACAGCUUCAACCCCGAGGAAGCGUCCGGGCAGUACGACCUGAACUUGAGUAUUCCGUACGAGCGAUCGAUUUUGCUCGAGCUCGUUCGGUGCGCCAGCACAAAAGUUGGGUGUAAAUUCAUCUCGAUGGUGCACGUGCUGGACAAAACGUCCAAGACCAUCCAUGUCGAAUGUCGGGAUGCGCCGAAAACGGCGGUGGAGUUGUCGAGGCGCCGGAGCAGCACCAAAGCUCGCAUGUUUGCGUCGAAAAUGAACCAAACAACUCUGGAAGCCCUCUUCGACGACUUGGACAAGGACCACUCUGGGGCCAUUGACGCCAUCGAGCUCGAAAAUGGGAUGAUCAGCAUGGGGAUCGAACCCGAAGUCGGCGAAGCCGCGCGAUUGAUUGCCCGCUUUGACAUCGACGGCACAGGCACGAUCGAAAUCAACGAGUUCAUGGAACUGAUGGGGUCGUUUAACGUCAUGCCCAAACCAAAGCGCGACUUGAUCGACUUGGCGACAAAUCGGCCGUUUGAAGUGCCGCUGACCGGCCAAAUGCUCGUUGAGUUUGUCGACUUGCACAUCCCGUCCGAGCAGCAGGAAGCCCAUACACGGGAGAGCGUCGGCCACCUCAUCAAGAACCUCAAGGACAACCACUCGCACGCUCAAAUGCUGGCCAUGGCCAAAAACGGCAUGUACUUUAAAGAGAGGGAGGCUCAGAUGAUCAUCGACUCGAUUUUGGAUGGCUCGGACGUCGUGCAAGCAAUGGCAUCGAUUCUACCCCACAUGAUCGACGCGUCGAAUGCGUGUCAACUGAUUGAAUGCAAUGUCACGGACGUGUCGCAGCGGCUGCGGCUUCAGCACCUCCUUCGGUUCUCGUUUGGCCCGAUCGUUGGGCUUUGCACGGGCCACUACCGAUUGGAAAUGGCCGAGCCGUUGGAUCGCAUCGCGGCCAAGAAACUCAUGGAAAUCAGCAACAAGACCAUGCUGUGGAAGAAGCGCAAUGACUUGACCGACACGUCGCAGCACAAAAACUUUCAGUGCUUUCGCAACGAGUCGUUUAAUGGAAAGCCCAUUGUCCUGGAGAAUGCCUUUUGCGACAAAAUACCCAAGUUUGGCGUCCUCGAGUUUGACUUUGUCCACAUGGCGAGCCGGCCCCUACGCCAACCAGGGCAAGCGGACAUCCAGCCCAUGUCGACCAAACGGUUCCAGCAGUUCCUCGACAAGAUGCAAGCGGUGGGGCUCGACUUGAACCCGCAUUGCCAAGUCCCGCACUGCUACCGCGCGCUCUCGGACAACGUGUACACGCAAAUGCUAAAGAUGCAAAAGAAUCGUCAGCACAUUCACUACGGCGCCGGGCUCGCGGCCGUAGCCGAAGCCACGCUUCUCGGCGAAAAGACCACGAUCAGUGUGCGGCGCAUGAUCAUGGAGCUCAACUACCUCCUCUCGUCCCGGUGGAUUAGCGUGAAACAGACCAUUCGGUUCCUCACGAUGUGGCCUCGCGUGUUUCAAGCUGCCCGUCUCGAUGUCGUCCUCAUUUUCUUUGACCGAAUCACCGACGUGUACAACUUUCAGCAGGUUCGUCGUUCCAACCCGUCGAUUUCGUGUUCACGAAACAACAACUGAGCGCAUGUCCGUCGUGCUUGCAGGUGUUUCCUCUGCUUACCGACGAUGAAAUCGCUCAGUUGUUGUACCGCGUCGGGUGGCUCCAUGUGUGGAGCCCGCUCGUCCCCGACAUUUACUACGAGCUCGACUUGGCCAUCUACGAACAGCGAGAAGUCGCCAAGAUGCUGGUUCAACUGGCGCUGAGCGAACCGGGCGAAAACUGGCAAAACGAAACGUACGGGUGGAACCGCGGCGACCCCAUUCCCGGGUGGCAGCUCAACCAGUCGUGGUUGGGCGAAGGCAACUUUCCAGAGAAGGGGUAUUUGACAUUGGACUACUACUCGGGCGCGGACCGUGGCUGCAGUCCCGUGUGGCACACUCGCGUGGCCAUGUGCAAGAACGUCUUGGCCGUGCCACCAUCCCCACCUUACCUGAACGAAUUCAUCCACCACACGACCACCCUGACGCUCAACUCGGUUCGCGACUUGACGCCUAAACCUGUCGUCGCGCAUGCUAUCCAACCCAAGAAGAAACCAUAAGAUGUCGAGCACGUCGACGGCUCUUCAGGAUGCAUGAACGAGGUGGCUGUCGUGAUAAGUGAUCCAAGUGGGUCGAGCGAAAGCCAUGCCAAAUAAUUCCACGGCAGCCAUGUACGUGUGACGUGGGGGUGUGCAAGUAUUAACACACGAGGUUG